AUGGUUAACAAGAAGAGGAAAAGUAAAGCUAAUAAGAAGAAAUCACAUAUCCACCAAACUUCCGGCCAGAUAAUACAGGCGGAUGUGUUAAAUGAUGACGAAUAUCCAACAUCAAGAAUAAUCAAGAGAGCUCCAAAUGGUGACGUUAUAGUAGAACCUUUGAAUCAUGAUAUAGCAUCUACUAGGAAGAAGAAAAUAGAAAAAAAGGAUAAAUUGUCUUUCACGCUGGACUCUCAUUGGGAAUCAUUAACAUCGGAGGAAAAGAAACAGAUUUUGAUUAUUGAUAAAGAUGAAUUGUUUGGAAUCAUAAAGCAAAAUCAAAUGGUGGAAAACACUUGUAAUUGUUCUGUUUGUGGGCGUAAACAUAUUUCCAUGGAUAAGGAGAUUGAAAGGAUCUAUAAUAUGUUAUUUGAAAUCGAUAGGAUUAAGGACCCAGAUUUAAAUCCAGUAAAAUUCCAUCUAAGUAUCAUUAAAGAAUUACAAAUCAACAAUAAUAUAGCACCGACGGCAAUACUGGAUGAUCCUGAGCAUGAACCGCCGUCAGAACUUAUAGAUGCCACUGUAAAUAAUAAUAUAUUGAAUGGUGAAUCUUUGAAGGAAGAAGUAUUGAAUUUUAAACAACAAAAACAUGAAGAAGAUGGUGAAUUAAGGGAAAAAUAUUUACAAUUUACCAAAAAUUUCGUAUCAUCACAUCCAAAAAUUGCAGAAGAAUAUGUAAAACGAGUAAUGAUGUACCCUGAAAUGAAAUCAAUAACAAAUGAUUUAAUUAAUAAUAGUAAUCAGAGUUUCAAUAAUAGCAAUAAUUUCUUAAAAGCCAUUGAGAAUUUCGUCAUUGAAAGAACAAACAGUAACAAUGGAACUCUAUCAAAUCCAGAGGAACUCACUACAAUGUUACACGAUGGGAAACAAUUGACGCAAGAAGAGUACGUUGAUUUACAACAUACCAUAGCUGAAAGAAUGACCAACUCGUAUGAUACAAAGAGAAAAGAAUUUAAGGAAAUAUCUCCAGUGGAGAAAGAAUUAUUUACAAGAUUCAUGUUUGGUGAAAAUAGGAAAGAAUUUGGUGAGUUUUUGAUGCAGUCCUUUAGAGAUAAAUUUGAUAGUGAAUUUGGUGGUUCUUCCGUUAGCGCUUCGCUAGCUGCCGCUGCUGCUGCUGCAUCUUUGACAAGCCCGCUAACAAUGAAUAACAAUCAUAUUGAAGAGGACGAGUACGAAGAUGACUAUGAUGAUGACUAUGCCGAAUAUGAGAGUGACUCUUUAUCAGAAUAUGCUGAUAGCGAAGACUACGAAGAUUACGAAGAGGAUGACCAUCACCAUCAUCAUCAAUUUUAUCAGGAUGAUGAAAAUAGUUAUGAGGACGAAGACCGGGAUGAUGAAGAUGAAGAAGACGAAGCUGAGGAUGAAGUUGAUGAAGAUGAUAUUAAUGAGAAUGACGAAGUUGAAAACGGAAACUUUGAUGAGAAUAAUGAACAUGAUGAUGAAGAGUAUGAAAGUGAAAUAGAUGAAGCUGAACGUCUCGAAGAAGGCCGUAAGCUGAUUCAAAUUGCGAUAACCAAAUUGUUACAAAGUAGGAUAAUGGAUUCAUACCAUGCCAGACAAGCAGAUAAUAACAGAUUAAAAUUGUUAAAAGAAUUAGAAGAUGAACAAUUAAAGAAAAAGGAGAAAAAAGAGAAGAAAUUAAAGAAGAAGGAAAAGGAAAAGGAAAAGAAAAAGCAGCAACAACUAGCUAAAGAAGAGGCUCAAAGAAGGAAAGCUGAAGAAGAAGAACGUCUUCGCCAGGAAAAUGAAAAACGUGAACUAGAAAGAAGAGAACUUCAAAGGCAAAAAGUAGAAGAAGCUAAAAGGAAAAAAGAUGAAGAAAAAAGACGUAAAUUAGAAGAACAGCGUAAAAGAGAAGAGCUUCAAGAAAAACAGAGGAAAAUAAAAGAGGAACAAAGACGUAAAAAAGAAGAGGAAAAGCGUUUGAAAGAAGAACAGAAGAGAAUAAAAGAAGAAAACCGUUUACAAUUGGAAAUGCAAAGGAAAGCAGAGCAAGAGCAAAUGGAGAGAGACACUAAAGAGAAAGAACUACAAGAAAUAGAGACCAAACAAAAGCAACAAGCGAAGCCAAGAAUUUUAAAAAGAGAAUCUGUACUUUCUCAACAUACCGGCGAAACCUCGGUCCCUAUACCAAAUCUAGGCUAUCCGACUUUGAAAGAUACAUUACCAAGUCUAAAUACCGAUUCUCCCUUCGGUAAGCAAAGUGUUAAUGAUGAUAUCUUUGAAAUGAUCAACGCCGCAGCCGCAUCAAAAACAUUGACACCUUCACCUUCCCAUUUGAACACCCUGUUACAACAAACGAGCGAGCCUCCUACUCUAGGUCAACAAAUUAUGAAUCCUUCUCCUACAUCACUCCCUCCUCAAUCACAAAAUGGCCUUCUAAAUGGUAUUUCAAACGGUAUUUUCAAUUCUAUGCUACCUUCAGCUGCAACUAAUAAUGCAUUUUCGAAAGAGGCUACUACUAAUAAUGAUAAUAUUAACCAGGUACAUUUCAAUAGCAACCUUUUUGGCAUUGAUUUGCAACCUCAGUCACAAGCGCACGUUCCACAAUCCUUUUCUGCCAUUCCAACGUGGAAUACUCUCAGCACGCCGCCGGUUUCUUCAUCACAAUCUUUGCUAAAUGCCAACCAAGACAGUCUUCCUCCAACUUCACAACAACAAAACGUUCCAUUAAUGGGUUCAGUAAAUCCAAGUCAACAGCCCCAAAAGGCAAAGUCAUUUGUUGAUGAAUUGAACUCACUGAGCAAUAUGUUAUCAUCAGCGGGACUUGCGGACACAAGUUAUCAUAAUAAUAAUUCACAAUCUCUAUGGAAUGAUAGUAGGCUCUCUGCUACGCACGAAACAAUGAGCAUGCCAUUGAGUCAUAGAAGAUCGAUUUGGGACAAUAAUCCUCAAGGUAUAAGCAGUUCCAUGCUAUCGAACACAGAUACACCGAAUAACCCUAAUUACCUUUCAUCGAGCAUCUGGUCAAACUCAAAUUCUUUCAAUUCGUCAUUCAUGAAUAAUAAUGUUGUAGCAAAUAAUAAUAACGACGGUAAUUUUACCGCAGACAGUGACAUCAUCAUAUUUGAUAAUAUUUACAAGGUGUACCUGACUUUAAUGCCAUUGAAUCCAACUACCUCAUAUGUGCCAAUGGAGUUAUUGUACAGAAAUCUCGGGUAUUUGAACCUCGACUAUACGGCUUUUGAAAAUAAACUGAUGCAAAUGCAGAAAAUAAAACGUUGUGAGGUAGUAACCGAUAUGACUAGUGGUAUAAAACAUGUUCGUUUGUCAGGUCCAUCGCAUGAUAUUCCAAAAUCGUCAGGAUCAGCACUUACCCAACCAUUCAACUCUAACGAUGGUAAUUUAUCAUUUUCUUCGGCUUCCUUAUUAACGCCGUCUGCUAUAACAGGAAGUCAAUAA